AUGACCAAUGCUCGCCAUAUCAACAAAAAAAAAGAGUAUUCAGAAUAUCCAACUCCUCCAAAAUCCAAAGCAGUUGGUAAAAAUAUUGUAACUGAAAAUGUUACAGAAACUCAAAUCUCUGCUAUAGAUGUCAUCACUAGUCCAAGAAGUCUACCCUGCUCUAGUGAUGUUGAAAUCUAUACAUAUGAUGAGGUUGAACUUCCUACAGACAAGGUUAACACAACUAUAAAUUGCCCUACUGAAGAAGCCCCACACUGUCUACCCGUCACCUCCGGUUCUAAAGAGGCCAAGAAAACGCAACUCAAAGCUGUUAACUGCCAAUCAGAGUGCAUUACAAACAAGCAAUAUGCUAUACAGCAGAGUCAUAUGAUUCAGAUUGUGUCAGACCUAGCUAACCAAAUGGCUGAAAUCAAUAGAAAAUUGGAUUUACUGUUAGCUAGGUCCGGAGAAACAUUUUCACCAACAGAUGACAAUCCAGGUCUUUCAGAACUUUUGAUGUCAUUUUUGUCUGGUAUUGGCGGCAGAAAUGUAAGAAGCCUUACGACUAAUAUGUUGAGACGAAUAAUUCUAGAUGAUGUAGCCGAGUUGUAUUCGUUAACUGGGAAACAGAUGAAAAAUUCGAAUAAAAAAUCAUUUAUGAGUACAGAAACCUAUAAAUUAAUCUUUCAAAUAUGUAGAAAAAUCUACGAAGAUGUAACUGAAGACAGCCUAAAAGAAAUUAUAAGUGAUUGGCUAAAUCAAGCUAAAGUUAGACUUUCAAGAAGAGCAGAAAGACAAAAUAAAGAAAAAAACCAAUAGCGGCGACCAUGAAACCGAUUUUUUCUCAUUUAAAGUAAGAUGAGAU